AAAUCCCUCGUUUUUCCUAGUCUCUCCUCUCUCUCUCUCUCUCUCUCUCUCUCCUCCGUUGGGGCGAUAGAUCCCAACCACCGAACCCUUCGUCGCUCUACGGAGACAACCUCCGAAACCCUCGUCUCCGCCUCUCUCGUCGCCGCGCGAUCCAAUAAGCCCUAGAUCCCUCGGAUCCGGCCUCUUCUCAGCCGAUCGUGGCCGUGGGAGUUGAGGUUUGGAGGGUUUUGGUGGUGGUCGAGCUCGUGGAUUGAGCUGGGGGUUCGGCCAUGGCGAAUUUGGAGGUCUUUGAGGCCUACUUCAAGAGAGCGGAUUUGGAUCAGGAUGGGAGGAUCAGCGGCGCCGAGGCGGUCUCGUUCUUACAAGGAUCCAAUUUGCCGAAGCACAUCCUAGCUCAGAUUUGGAUGUAUGCUGAUCAGAACAGGAGUGGUUUUCUAGGGCGCCAUGAGUUCUAUAAUCUACUGAAACUUGUAACAGUGGCACAAAGUGGGCGUGAGCUAUCACCAGAGAUGGUAAAGUCUGCAUUAUAUGGUCCAGCUGCAUCUAAAAUUCCAGCUCCACAAAUAAAUGCAGUUCCUUCUUCUGCAGCUCAAAUGAAUUCUGCAGCUGCCCCUACAACCCAAAAAAAUUCAUUGCCACCACCUUCCAAUCAGAUGGGUGCAUCAGCACCACCACAAAACUUAGGGUAUAGAGCCCCACAAGCACCAUAUUCAAAUUUGGGUGUGAAUCAACAGGUACUCUCUUCAAACACCGCAUUCAUGAGGCCACCACAAGCAGCUCCUUCUCCUAGUAUGCAACAGAUGCCUGGAGUUAAUAGAGGACUCACUGGAGGUGGUGUGGCAGGGCCAACCCUUCCAGGCUCCAAUACAAUGGGCUUAGCAACUGAUUGGUUUGGCAAUAAAAGUGCUGGAGGUUCUGUUGGGAGUACCACACAACCGCCUCUAAGGGGCAUUACCCCCUCCCAGAGGCCAGAGGGUUUUGGUCUAGCACUGUCUAGUGCAACUGCAAUGACUCCUAGACCACCAACACAAUCCAUUACGCCAUCUGUUCUUCCGACUAAACCCCUUGAUCCCAUGUUACCUACCAUCGGGCAAGCUGCUAAUGGUUCGAAACCUUUAGUUGUAUCUGAGAACAGUUUUUCUUCUGCCUCGGGUUUGGGAGGGAAUUUAAUCUCUACUAGUUCUCAGGCGAUGCCAAUUGCUUCUACACUUGCCUUUUCUGCAAACAGUAUGCCCAACUCAUCCUCCCUUCCCUCUGUUUCUAGUAACUCUCAAAAUGUGCUAGCUCAACUUGAUCCUAUACAGAGUACCACAAGAAUCCCUCCAGGUGGUACUCAGCUUCAACAGACUAAAUCAGGGGUUAAUAACAUUCAGAGCACUCCAGUACUCCCCACAUCUAAUGUUUCAGCUGGACUUGCGAGUUCAAGUUCUGGUCAAUCUCAGGUUCAAUGGCCAAAAAUUGCUCAAUCUGACAUUCAGAAGUACACAAAAGUAUUUGUGGAGGUCGAUAAGGAUAGAGAUGGAAAAAUCACCGGUGAACAGGCUCGCAACCUGUUCCUGAGUUGGAGACUUCCCAGAGAGGUCUUAAAACAGGUGUGGGACUUGUCUGACCAAGAUAACGAUAGCAUGCUUUCCCUGCGAGAAUUCUGUAUUGCUCUUUAUUUAAUGGAGCGAUAUCGUGAAGGAUGUCCUCUUCCAGCUAUGCUGCCUGAUAGUCUUAAAUAUGAUGAGACAUUGUUACGCGCCACUGGUUUGCCUGCAACAACAUACGGUGGGCCAACUUGGCAACCAAAUGCAGGUUUUCCACAAGGUAUCCCUGGUGCACGUCCUGUGGUGGCUCCAGCUGGAAUAAGGCCUCCAAUCCAAACUUAUAUGCCUUCACAGAUUGAUGCUGCCGUACAGCCAGGACAACAGAAACCAAGAAUGCCGGGCUUGGAUAAUUAUGUGGUAGAUCAAAUCAGCAAGGACAAGCAAAGUACAGAAAGACCAGAACACCAGGAGGCAACUGAUUCUGGUAAAAAGGUUCAAGAGAUGGAGAAGCAGAUCCUUGAUUCUAAAGAGAAGAUCGAAUUUUACCGCAAUAAGAUGCAAGAUCUUGUACUUUACAAAAGUCGUUGCGACAACAGGCUGAAUGAGAUUGCAGAACGCGCAUCUGCUGACAAACGUGAGGUUGAGUUGCUAGGGAAGAAAUAUGAAGAGAAGUACAAGCAGGUAGGAGAGAUAGCCUCCCAACUGGCAGUGCAAGAGGUGACAUUUCGCGAUGUCCAGGAGAGGAAGCUGGAAUUGCAUAAUGCAAUCGUCAAAAUGGAACAAGGUGGAAGUGCUGAUGGUUUACUUCAGGUUCGUGCUGAUCGAAUCCAAAAUGACUUGGAGGAGCUAGAGAAAGCUCUUGGUGAACGCUGCAAACAAUUUGGAUUACACGUCAAACCCGCUACAUCUAUUGAGCUUCCCUUUGGUUGGCAACCUGGUGCACAAGAGGGGGCGGUGGAUUGGGAUGAAGAUUGGGAUAAGUUUGAAGAUGAAGGAUUUGUUUUGGUAAAGGGUCUCAAUGAAGAAGUUCAAAAUGCUCUCUUUGGCUCGAUGGAUGAGUUUUCUCCUUCCGCAUCGUCUUCUAACGGCCAUCUCAAGAAUGAAAAGCAUUAUAAUGCUGGAGAGCGAGCAACGGAGACUGAAGCAACCUAUGAACAUAGUGAAGAAGAAGCAAGAAGUUCUGGUAGUUCAGGAAGAAGUCCGUUUCACUCUUCACAGUUUGGUGUGCAUGAUAAUUCCCCACGCACUAAAGACAGUUACAGUGACCACGACGGUGCGGAAUCGAGAACCUCGGGCAACAAGUAUGAUGAACCUUCCUGGACCUUUGAAGACACCGACUCAGUAUGGGGCUCUAAUGCAAUGCAUACAACGGAGGAUGAUCACCAAGGGGGCACUCGUAACUCCUUCUCUGGUUCUGGGGACUUUGGUUUAAAUCCACUAAGAGUAGACUCCCCAAGCGCUGCCAGUGUAUUUGGAAAGGGAAAGAGGAGUCCAUUCUUCGAGGACUCUGUUCCGAGUUCUCCAGCCUUCAACUCCGGGUUUGGGUUCUCGCCGAAAUUUAAUGAAUCUCGCGACGAUAACUCUUUUGGUUACGGGAGAUUCGAUUCCUUCAAAACACAAGACAGCGGAUUCUUCCCUCAGGACAAGAGCUUCGCGAGGUCCGACUCCAUGAGCAGCACCAAAGACGACCGCUUUUCAAGGUUUGACUCAAUUAGCAGCUCGAGGAACUUCGGUCACAGCCGGGGAUUCGAAUCUUUUGAUGAGGCCGACCCGUUUGGGUCGACUGGACCUUUCAAGUCGUCUGGAAGCCACUAAACAGUGCUAUUCAACCUAGAAAGUUGAGACGCUGCGGCGGGACCUUUCUGUUUUGUUCCUUCAUACAGAUUUUUGCGUGCCCUUAUUAUUUAUUGCUUUCCUCUUUGUUUUCAGUUUGAAAAGUUGAUGAUUUUUUUUUUUUCUUUUUUCUUUUUAUUUUUCUGUUUGAAUCCUUUUUCGGGGGACUGUCGAACAUACUUCAAGUUGUUGUGUAUUAUUAUUAUUAUUGUUGUUGUUGUUGUUUUGUGAUCUGUGGUUGAUCCUUCCGCCUGAAAGUAAUUUCGAUUUUGAUGAGGACAUUGUAGACUUAUUUAUUUA